UAGUUAAUUGUCAGUUAAGUGUAACAACGCGAUAGAUCAAGACGCAAUGCUUGGCUUUGUGUACCAUUUAUAUGUACUAGUGAGCGUGGUUUUGUGCAAUCCUAUACAUUAUAAUUAUACAUUAAAAGAUUUCAAUAAUAAUCCCGCUGUCAAGAAAUUACAGGAAUAUAUAACGAUAGACUCGAGCCGUGUAGAAAAUAUCGAAUUAGUAGUUGACUUCUGGAAGAGGCAAGCAGCGGAUGUCGGUCUGUCUUUUGCGGUGUAUAGACCAGCUGUGUUGCCAGUAUGUGUACUUACCUUAAUAGGUCGUCAGCCGGACCUGCCUAGCAUUAUGCUAAAUCAUCACGGAGAUGUGGUCCCAGCAUACCAUAGCAUGUGGAAGUAUCCUCCAUAUUCGGCACAUAUUGAUGAAAACGGCGAUUUAUACGGACGAGGGGCCCAAGACACUAAAAGUGUUGGAAUACAAUAUAUAGAAGCUGUUAGAAGACUUAUUAAAAAUAACGUAACAUUAGAAAGGACGUUACAUCUUACUGUUAUGCCAGAUGAGGAAUACGGCGGUAGCAAAGGUAUCAAAGCUUUUAUUUUGACGGAUGUUUUUAAAUCAUUAAACAUUGGAUUUGCAUUAGAUGAAGGCUUUACAUCUGAAGAUGACGUGAUGCUCGCGUCUUACCAGGAUAAGAGACCAGUUCAGGUGCGAUUCAAUAUUAUCGGUCAAGGUGGUCAUGGUUCAUCAUUGGUGAACGGAAGUGCUAUAGAAAAGGUGCAAUAUCUAUUGAACACCGCCUUAGAAUUCAGAAAAGAACAGUUGAAAAUAAGGGACGCCGCAACGAAACUCGAUUACGGAUCUUACACUACUAUUAAUGUUAAUAUGAUCGAGGGAGGCAUCGCCCCGAAUGUUAUUCCUAAAAAUAUUAGUGUAGUUAUGGAUAUCAGGUUGGCGACAUCAGUGAAUGCCGCAGACGUACAAGCUAUGUUGGUUUCCUGGUUAUCAAACCUCGGUGAUGAUUCUACUAUGGAGUUUAUCAGACUGGACGAGCGUUCACCAGCGACAGCAGUCGAUAGCACCAAUCCAUUCUGGAUAGCUAUGAAGGAUACAUUGAAUAAUCGUGGCAUCACAGUCACGCCUGUAGUGUUACCAGCUACAUCAGACAUGCUGGUGUUGCGAGAGAAAUUUUCAAUACCAGCCAUUGGAUUCGCUCCCAGAAAUAAUAUGAAAAAUAAAAUUCACGACGCCAACGAAUACAUACCUGUUAGUAAUUUCCUGAAAGGAAUCGAUAUUUAUUAUGAUUUAAUACAAAAACUUGCCAACUUAUCUCAAAAUAGUUGACGUACCUAUUGGCAAUAAAAAUUUCAUGCAAUGUAAAAAUUAUAGAAUUAUAUUCACAUAUAUAGUGUCAGUAUAAUAAUAUAAGUUUGUCAUGUAAAUUACGUAAUAAAAUAAGUGAAAUUAAUUUACUUAAUUUUAUUUUUAUGACAUAAUUAAAUGAGAUCAAAACUGAAGUGCGAGUUAAUUGGCGCGGCGUGUUUCAUUUAAGUUGAUACAGACGGUUGUACCAACAUUCAGCCACUUCUCAGUAAUGGAGCUUCUUCCGUACGUGCCCUAACAUUUUUAAAAGGACUUUUUCGCGAACCAGCGCACCCUGUUUGCUGAACGACGGAUUUGAGAAUAGUCACGCUUUUAACGUACAAAUGAAUGCUCCGGAAUAAUCGGGAUCUCUGAGCAAACCGUUUAGAGCUCGAUUGUAGAACAAAAAAAAUGUGCGUUUAUUCAGGAAAUUGCUGGGAUUAGAUACGUGUUUUAUUUACAGGCAUUUUAAUAUUAUUAUAAUUUCAUUUAAUUGUUUAAAAAAGGAGUAUAAAGUACAUUAAAGCUUUCAAAUAGGUGU